UUGAGUAUGAAAAUUUUCAACUGUAUCAUCUUAGCCUAGCCUAACCUUAGAUUAGAAUUUAAUGCAAGAUUAAAUAAUAAAUCUUAAAAGCAUAAUCUUGUUUUUGUUAUAGUUAAGAAUAACAUUUUAUCAAAUAUCGUAUUAAGAUAGCGAAGGUUAUAGAUCCCAUGGCAUUUCCACUGAACGAUCAGAUUUAUACAAAAUCUUUUACACCUAGAGAAUACCAAGUAGAAUUAUUUUAUGCUGCUAAAGAUAAAGACAUUAUUGUUUGUUUAGGUAAAAAUUAUGAACAAACUUUUAUUGUUAUAAAAUUAAUCCAAGAAUUUGCUACAAACAAUAGAAGAUUAUUAAGCGAAGGAGGAAGACGAUCAUUGUUCAUAUUGACAGAUGAAGAAAAAUGUACAAUAAAAGCAAGCUACAUACAACAACUCACAGAUUUAAAAGUAUUAUUAUGUGACACUUGUUCACUUACAGAAUUUAUGGAAAACUUUGAAACUUCUCAUGUACUAGUUACAACUGCUAAGACAUGUGCACAAUUAUUGACAGACAGAAAAAUUUUACCAUGUCAGAUAAAUCUAGUCAUAAUUGACGAGUGCCAUAAAUCUAUAGACAAUAACAAGCUAAAAUUUAUUUUACAAACUAUUUCGGCAUGUGAGAAUGUUCCUAGAAUCAUUGGAUUAGCUGUACCAUUGUUUAAUUUAACACAAGAGCCUGGAAGAUUAGCAUUGGAAAUAGAAAAAGUAGAAGACACAUUUCAAUGUGAAGUUGAAACAACUAGUGAUAUAUUAUCUAUAUUGCGGUAUAGCCCUAAGCCUAAAGAAUAUGUAGUAGAAUAUGCUAAAAAUGCAAAAGGAAAAUUACAUACUACUAUAGAAAAUUAUAUAUUGCAUGCUCUUGAAUUUUUACGUGAUCAUCGUCAUGAUCCAACUGAGAUUUAUAAUGAAGAAUUUUAUGAAGACAUUCAAAAAAUACCAGAUCCUACAGAGAAACCUUUUGAGAUGAUGCAAGACUUUUUGUACAUAUUAGAAACUCUUGGACCAUGGUGUGCAGAUCGUGCUGCACUGGCUCUUCUAAUUUUAACAGAAAAAUUAAAAGUAAAGACACCUUAUGAAAGACAUUACCUAUUAUUAAACAUGGUAGCAUCCGUUUUCACAAAAAUACGAGCUUUAUGUGAUAAUACAUUUGAAGUUUUAUCUGAAAAGGAAAGAAUAUAUAAAUAUACUACUCCAAAGGUUCAUAGAUUAUUGCAAAUUUUAAAAACAUAUACACCGUAUUAUAAUAAAGAUAUUAAUAAUAAACUAAAUGAAAAUAUUUCUCAAAAGUUACCAGUAAAUAAUAGGGAAGGGUUUACUAGAGAUAGAUUUGUGCAAUCUAAAAAAUCAGAUCGUAAUUGGAAAAGUAAUGAAGAAAAUUGUAGAAGACCACCUAGAGCACCACGACACAUGCGUGGUAUUACAGAUCCUGACCUACUUUGUGGAGUAAUUUUUGUAAAUAAGGCAUUUGUGGCAAAAGUAUUGUUUUAUUUAUUAAACGAAAUAUCUAUGCAUGAUGAUGACUUACAUUUUUUGUCACCUCUUUAUACGAUUGAGAGGAAUAUUGAAGAUAUUAGUUAUUCAAAAGAUGUAGAAAUAGAACAUAGAAAACAAGAAGAAGUUUUGAAAAGAUUUAGGAUACAUGAAUGUAAUUUACUAAUUUCGACUUCAAUUUUAGAAGAAGGUAUAGAUAUUCCCAAAUGCAAUUUCGUAAUGAGGUACGAUUUUCCAAAAACUUAUCAGUCAUAUGUACAAUGUAAAAGUCGUGCAAGAGCUACAGAUGCAUUAUAUGUGUUAUUAGUACCGCAAGAAAUGUCAAAGGAGUAUAUAUGGCAGCUAGCUCAAUAUCAUUACAUAGAAAAGACUUUGUUAGUAAAAUGUUCUAAUAACGAACCAUCUGAAGAAGAAGAAAACGAAGCAGACAUGUAUGCUGCUAUGAUACCACAUUAUAAACCGCUUGAUGGAGAUGAUGCACCUAAAGUUACUUUUAAUUCUGCUAUAUCACUAGUAAACAGAUACUGUGCAAAAUUACCUAGUGAUACUUUUACAAGGUUAACUCCAGAAUGGUCCAUUCGAGAAAUGGAUGUUGAUAAUAAAUUUAUGUACACAUGUUCUUUACGACUUCCUAUAAAUUCUCCAGUAAAAUAUGUUGUAUUGUCAUAUCCUAUGCCUAAUAGAGCUAUGGCAAGACGAAUGGCUGCUUUACAGUUAUGCAUUGAUUUACACAGAAAAAAUGAAAUAGACGAUAAUUUGUUACCCAUUGGGAAGGAAAAUUUUAAAGCUAAACCAGAGGAUGCAGAAGUACCUGCUCUACCAGAUGAAAGUAAAGUGGAUUUUUCUGAAGCUCGACCGGGAACGACUAAGCGCAGACAAUAUUAUUAUAAAAAGACAGCCGAGGCAUUAACAGAUUGUAGACCAAUAAUUGGAGUUCCUUCUUAUUUAUAUCAUAUUAAUCUGGUUUUGAGUUGUCCUUUACCUGAAGAACAAAAUACAAGAGGUCGACGUAUAUAUCCUCCUGAGGAAUCAGCUAUUGGUUUUGGUAUAAUAACAUUAAAAGAAAUUCCUAAGUUAUGUCCAUUUCCUAUUUAUACUAGAUCUGGGGAAGUUCAUGUAAAAUUAAAACUUAGUAAACAGACUAUAAUUCUGAAUGAAAUGCAAGUAGAAAAAAUUGCCAUUUUUCUUAAUUAUACUUUUACAAAUGUAUUAAGAUUACAACAAUAUUUGAUGCUUUUUGAUCCUAAUGCUUCAGAGAACUCAUAUAUGAUUGUACCUGUGAAAUUAGAUGAACAAUCUGACGUCAUUGUAGAUUGGAAUUUUUUAGAAUGUAUAUAUAAAAAUCGAAAUGCAGGGCCAACUAAAGUUCCAGAAGAAAUCAGAAAAAAUUUCAAGUUUGAUGCAUCGAAAUACCAUGAUGCAGUAAUUAUGCCAUGGUAUAGAAGUCAGGAUCAACCUCAGUACUUUUAUGUUGCUGAAAUUUGUACAAAUUUAAAUCCCAAAUCUUCUUUUCCUGGUGAUAAUUAUAGCACUUUUGAAGAAUAUUAUCUUAAAAAAUAUGAUAUACAGAUACAAAAUUUAGAUCAACCUUUACUAGAUGUGGAUCACACAUCAGCUAGAUUGAAUUUUUUAACACCAAGAUAUGUUAAUCGGAAAGGUGUUGCUUUACCAACAAGCAGUGAAGAAACAAAACGGGCAAAACGGGAAAAUCUGGAGCAAAAACAAAUUCUUGUUGCUGAAUUAUGCGCAAUUCAUCCUUUUCCAGCUUCACUUUGGAGACAAGCAGUUUGUUUACCUUGUAUUUUAUAUAGAAUUAAUGCUCUAUUACUUGCUAAUCAAAUACGGUGUCAAGUUGCACGAAUGAUAAAUUUAGGACAGGAAAAUUUAAAUCUCGAUUUUGAAUGGCCACCAUUAGAUUUUGGUUGGAGUUUAGCGGAGGUUUUAAAGAAAUCUAAGGAAUCUGAAAAAGCAAAGUUAGCCAGAAAUGAAACUAUCCAACAAAAUUCUGCAAAUGAUACAAUUGAUAAUAAAUGUCAAAAUAUCCCUAAAGAUAUAAUAGACAGUUUACACAAAUCAAAUGACGAAACUGAAUUAGAAAUUGGUACUUGGUCAAGCGACAUGGCAAUGAAUUCUCUGGUUUUUGAAACAAAUAAUUUAAAGUCAUUUCCCUUAAAUGUAACUGUUUUACCAGAUGAUUUUAACUGGAGUUAUAUUCGAUACGGAUCCCCUUCAUGUGAAUCAGAUUUCGACGGUUAUGAAUCAGACGAUUUUUAUGACGAUGGAUUUGUCGAUACUUGUGAUGGAAGUGAACAUGAAAACAGAAGGUUACGAAUUGCUUACAUGGGAGAAAAUAUUGCAGAAGCUGUAGAAGACAAGAAACAGAUGUCUAAGCAAAAGACUAAUAAAAAAGUUUUGAAUUUGUUAGAAGCUGAGAAAAGUUUGGAUGACGUUUUAUGGUCGUACACGGAAGAGAAAGAGAAUUCUUCAAUUGCGAAGCAUAGACAAGCUCAUUACGAAUUUGCUAAAGUAAGAGAAUGUGAAAUAAUGCAAAAUGGAUCUUUUAUAUCCUGUGACAAUGAAAUUGCAAUAAAAAAAAAAGCUUCAUGUAAUUUACAAUGUGAAGAGAAUUUGCCAAAUUAUAAACACAAAGAUUAUGUAGAAACUGUAGUCGAGAAAUUCACUAAAGAAAUAUUAAAUAACAAUGAUACUAUACAACUGAUAAAAAAGGAUUCUAAUCCAUCGAAAUUUACAUAUCAUUCGGAUAGUAAUCUUUUUAGCUUUGAUUUUCAACCAGAACUAGAAAACCAUGCGGGCCCAAGUCCCAGUUUAAUCUUGCAAGCUUUAACUAUGUCCAAUGCAAAUGAUGGUAUUAACUUAGAACGUUUAGAAACUAUUGGUGAUUCUUUUUUGAAAUAUGCUAUAACUACUUAUUUAUAUUGUACAUAUGAUAAUAUACACGAAGGCAAGCUUAGUCACUUGAGAUCUAAACAGGUCAGUAAUUUAAAUUUAUACAGAUUAGGGAGACAAAAAAUGUUAGGUGAGAGCAUGAUAGCAACAAAAUUCGAACCACAUGACAAUUGGUUACCUCCUUGUUAUUAUGUUCCAAAGGAACUUGAACAAGCAUUAAUUGAAUCUGGUGUACCUUCUACUUUGUGGAAUCAAGCCGACAUUCCAGCUUUGCAAGCCGUAAAUCCUUCUGAAAUAACUCAAUUAGUUCGAGAAACGGAACAAAAAUUGGGUGUCAUGAAAACUGAACUUGAUCGGAAUGAGACAUCACUUUCGAAUAAUUUAGAUAAUAUGCGUUGUUUUAUACCGUACAAUUUAAUUACGCAACAUAGCAUUCCUGAUAAAAGUAUUGCAGAUUGCGUGGAAGCGUUGAUUGGAGCUUAUUUAAUUGCUUGCGGAUCUAGAGGUGCAUUACUUUUCAUGACUUGGUUAGGGAUUCAUGUUUUACCUACAGAAGAGAUUACUAUCAUACAAGAAUCAGAACCAAGAGAAAGAGUUCCAGGUAGUACCCCUUAUAUAAAAGGAACGAACGAAAAAGGACAAACAACAUGGACACAGAUUCGUUAUGGAAAAUUGGAAGAGCCACAAAAUCCCUUACUUCGAUACAUUCCUGAUCCAGAACAAGAAUUAAAAAUGAUGCUUGAUGGUUAUGAAGAAUUAGAGAAAAGUAUAGGAUAUGAAUUUCAUGACAUUAGUUAUUUAUUACAAGCAUUUACUCAUGCAUCAUAUCAACCUAAUAGGCUGACAGAUUGUUACCAACGUUUAGAGUUUCUUGGAGAUGCUGUUUUAGAUUAUUUAAUAACAAGACAUUUAUAUGAAGAUGCUCGUCAACAUUCUCCAGGUGCUUUAACAGAUUUACGAUCCGCCUUAGUUAAUAAUACUAUAUUUGCUUCUUUAGCUGUAAGAUGUGGAUUUCAUAAAUAUUUUCGACAUCUUUCUCCUGGUCUAAGUAUUGUCAUAAAUCGUUUCGUUAGGAUUCAAGAAGAAAAUGGACAUUCUAUUAGCGAAGAAUAUUGUUUAAUUGGAGAAGAAAAAUGCGAAGAAGCUGAAGAUGUAGAGGUACCAAAAGCAUUAGGUGAUGUUUUUGAAUCAUUAGCUGGUGCAAUUUAUUUAGAUAGUGGAAUGUCCUUGGAUGCAGUAUGGAGCGUCUAUUACGCCAUUAUGAAAAAUGAAAUUGAACAAUUCAGCACCAGUGUUCCUAAAUCUCCAAUUCGUGAACUAUUAGAAUUAGAGCCUGAAACAGCAAAGUUUGGAAAACCAGAAAAAUUGGCUGAUGGACGAAGAGUUCGAGUUACAGUAGAUGUUUUUGGUAAGGGCUCUUUUAAAGGAAUUGGCAGAAAUUAUAGAAUUGCAAAAUGUACUGCAGCAAAAUGUGCUUUAAAAAAGCUGAAGAAGAUGCAGAAUUAUUCAGGAGAUAAACUAUGAUAGCAUAUACAAUAUUAGAUCAAAAUGAAAACAUAAAAUGAGAUUAAUUUCUGUAUUACUGUUAAAAUAUAUUUCUAUAAAA